AUGGACCGGCUCGAGCCAGGCGCGGUCGACUGGGGCCGCGUCGAGGGCACGCCAAAGAACAAGUACGAGACGGUGGCCAACUGCAACUACGCGGUCAAGGUGGCCAAGGAGCUUGGCCUCAAGCUGACGGGCAUCUCGGGGCAGGACAUCUCGGAGGGCAAGGAGAAGCUCAUGCUUGCCGUGUGGUGGCAGCUGAUGCGCAAGGACUUUAUGCAGUUCCUCGACGACCUCGACAUGGACCAGGCCUUUGUUCUUUCGUGGGCCAACGCCCAGGUUGCGCGCAGCGGCGCCGACAUGCAGCUGUCUCGCUUUGGCGACCCGGCCAUCAAGAGCGGCGUCUUCCUGCUGCAGCUGAUGAGGGCGGUCGCGCCAAAGGCCAUCAAGGAGGACCUGAUUCGCCCGGGCCACUCGGAGCUCGACCGGCAGCUCAACGCCAAGCUCGCCAUCUCGACGGCGCACAAGAUGGGCGCCCGCGUCUUCUGCGGCUGGCAGGACAUCCUCGAG